CCAACUCUCAUCCCUCGCGGGGCGUAGAUUCCUACUUCUUCCCAAGGAGAAACGAGAGGCGCGGUGGGUGAGGGAAGAGCGGCAGCCAUGACGGAGUCCGAAGAGGAACCCGUACUCCUCGAGCGUUCUGCUCGACUUACCAGAGGGAAGAGAAUGUCCAAGUUGCUUGAUAAUGCGAUUGAACAGGAUGAAAUAUUCUGGAAUCAAGAUGCUCUUAAAGAGGAAGAGAACGAUGAAAAUUAUGAAGAAGAAGUGGAAGCUGCUGAUGAAUUUGAUAGUGAUUUUAAUGAUGACGAACCUGAUCCUGACGAAGAAACUGAAGUUGUUGCCGAAGACAAGUUACCUGUCAAAAAGCGGCUAAUAUUCCCUGGAAAGCCAGCAACAAAGAAGAAAAAUAAAAAAAAGGUUCUCUUGAAGCUGGAAAAUACACCAGAAGAUGAGAAAUUGUCCAAGAAAUCUCCCCCCUCUGAAAAUCAGGAUUUACCUGACGACAUAGAAGGUGAGAGAACAGUGAGAAAGUCAACUAGGACAUCAGUGAUUGUGCGACAGGCAGAAAGAGAAAUACGUGCAGCAUUGCAGGCAUCCAUGAAGCCAAUCAAGAGAAAAAAAGAAGGCGAGGAAAAACGGAUGACACAAGAAGAGAUGCUUUUGGAAGCGGCUCAAACAGAAAUUAUGAAUUUGAGAAAUUUAGAACGCGUACUGGCAAGGGAAGAAGAAGUCAAGAAAAAGGCUGUUGUGCAUAAAGCAGUCUAUGAUGGUCCUCAAAUACGAUUUACAUCAAGAAAUGGUGAAUCAUAUCUAGAAUUCAUCAAGGGUGCAUCUUUUCAGUCAGAAAUUUGUACAUCAUCAGUUCCCUAUCCAAGGAAAUCUUUUUGUGUGAUCACUGGAUUGCCUGCUAAAUGCAUUUGUUCAGUUAUGAAGUUAUCUGUUUGUAUGAUUCCUGGAGGUGCAUAUUUUGCUCUCAAGAUACAUCGAGACGCACACAAAAAGAGAAUAAACAGUAGAUAUCGUGACCCAAAGACAGGACUACCUUAUGCGACACUGGAAGCUUUCAAAUUAAUUCGAGAAAGAUUCACAAAACAGGAAACCGAUCAGAAGCAACUGGGAAAGAUAGAUAUGGGAGAUCUAUUUGAUGCAAUUUCUAAUGAAGGAUUUUUAUCCACUCGGAGUAGAAGGGAUGCUGGGAUAAUGAGAAGGCCAACCGAUCUUCGAUUAGGAGCUCAAUUCCGAAGAAUACCAGCUCUAGAAAUGCUUGAUCAAGAUUAAUAGAAAAUAGUGGCACAUCAGAUCUUUCAAGACAAUUGGCUGUUUCGCCCAUGAGUUCAUGCAUAUGGGUGUGUGUACACGAGCGUUCAUGACCCAUAUGCUGUAUUCCACGGCAUAUAUGAUUGACAGCCAACUUCAUCAGCUUAGGUUGACAACUUCAAGCUUUUUGCGAAAGAAUACCCUUAGUAAACAUCAUUGAUUAGUCUGGAUGGACUGUUUAACUAUGUAUACUAUUAGUCGGUUGCAUGUCUUACAUUUUAGUAACGAAACUAUACCACCAUCUUUUUGGUUUGGUGAUUUGUAUGUUAUUGAUGAUUCUCUA